AUGCCGAUGCUAGCAGAUUGCAUCGUCUACCUCACGAUCGUCGACUCGCGAGACGUGAAGAUCGGCUGGCAGACCAAGCGAGCUCACGCACUACUGACAUUGCAAGAAUUGUUCGAGCCUGUGCAGGUGGACAAGGCUUUACACAGCUAUUUCAGAAGUUGGCAUCGCAUUUGCCGGAUCACUCACAGACCUUCAUUCAGUGUUUCCUCGAUGCCACAUCUCGCGUUGGUCGCGAUGAUCAUGUUGGGCACAAUGUACGCGCCGUGUGAAGAGAACCGAAAGAAGGCCACCACCGUGCUCGAUUACGCAGAAGACUACAUCUUCGCGCAUGAACCAUCGCCCCCACAUCCUUCCCAGGACGAUGCGAACCGCGUAGAUACCGUCAAGUCCUGCUUCCUGGAGGCUUCAUUCCUCAUGAUCGUCACCCAGUACUGGACGGGUGAUUCGGAAUCAAAGCGACGAGUAUCGACACUGCGAUUUGAUCGGACAGCAGAGAUAUCUCGCGAACAGAAUCUACUGCAAGCGGUCCACACAGCAGACGAUCGCGCAAGCCAACAAUUGUGGCUUGUGAAAGAAAGCUGGAUCAGGUUGCGACACGCCACAAUCGGAGGGGAUCUCGAGCAUAUUGCCGUCCCAGUUGAUCGCCCCGCGAAGACGUUCAUCCUGCUCGGCUGCGAGCACGGCUGCAAUGCCACCUAA